GCCAAAUAGCUCAUACAAGAUCACAUCAAAACAAGAAUAGAAGUAUAGCCACCGAUCGAAAUCGAAGUCCAGAUCUUGGAGAUCUAUAACUCAGCAGAAGCAAAAAUGGCAUCACGAGGACAAAGCUACAGAGCUGGUGAAGCCAAGGGCCAGACUGAGGAAAAGGCCAACCAAAUGAUGGAUGCCACCCUUAUGAUGGAGUCACUAGGGGAGAAGGCUCAGGCAACAAAGGACAAGACCUACCAGGCAGCUCAGACAACCAAAGAGAAAAUAAAGGGUGCAACUCAAGCAACUACCCACAAGGCCCAAGAGAAGGUAGGAGCUGCAAAAGACAAGGCUUGGGGAGAGCAAAGAGGCAAAUAA